GUUUUCCUCUGGUUUCCCAGCAACCAAACAUGCGUCUCCUCCUACUCCACUUCCUCCCUCUCUUUCUUUCCCUCUCUCUGUCUCUUUCGUCCUCUACGGAGCUUGAGCUUCUUCUUCAAAUCAAGGCUUCAUUGGAUCCAGAUAACCGUUUCUUGACCUCGUGGACGCUGGGGUCGGACCCAUGUAGCACCGGGUCCUUUGAGGGCGUGGCGUGCAACGAGGAGGGUCGGGUUGCUAACAUUUCACUUCAGGGGAAGGGUCUCUCCGGGUCGAUUCCGGCUGCCUUGGGUGGGCUCAAGAGCUUGACUGGGUUGUACCUGCAUUUCAAUGCGUUGAUAGGGGAGAUACCUAAGGAGAUUGCGAGUCUGAGUCAACUCAGUGAUUUGUACCUCAAUGUGAAUAAUUUGUCUGGACAGAUUCCUCGUCAGAUUGGAAACAUGACUAAUCUUCAAGUUUUGCAAUUGUGUUAUAAUAAGUUGUCUGGGAGCAUACCUACACAACUAGGAUCUCUGAAGAAGCUUAGUGUCCUUGCUUUGCAAUAUAAUCAACUAAUGGGUGCAAUACCAGCUAGUUUGGGGGAUUUGGAGACGUUAACAAGGUUGGAUUUGAGCUUUAAUAACCUUUUUGGUUCUGUUCCGGCAAAGCUAGCUGAUGCUCCUAUGUUAAAAGUGCUAGAUAUUCGCAAUAAUACUCUCUCUGGCAGUGUACCUCAAGCUUUGAAGAGACUAAAUGCUGGGUUCCAAUACGAAAACAAUCCAGCUUUGUGCGGCACAGGGUUUUCCAAUCUGAAAGAAUGUACUAAUUCAAGGAAGACGGUUACAGACAGACCUGAACCAAUCAAGCCUGAUGGUUUAUACAAAAAUGGUAUUCCAGAGUCUGUAAAUUCAUACCCUAAUUGCAGGGAAAACAACUGUUCUAGGCCAUCCAAGAAGCCAAAUGUGGGUGUGAUAUUUGGCAUCACUGGAGUUAUUGUUGCCUUAUCUGUCAUUGGACUUUUCACGUUUGCAUGGUACCGUCGCAGAAAACAGAAAAUUGGGAGUGCUUUUGAUGCUUCAGAUAGUCGGCUUAGUAUUGACCAGGUGAAGGAGGUUUACAGAAGGAGUGCCUCUCCCCUAAUCAGCUUAGAGUAUUCCAAUGGAUGGGAUCCUCUAGACAAAGGUCGAAAUGGAAAUGGAUUUUUGCAGGAAGUUUUUGAGAGCUUCGUGUUCAAUUUAGAAGAAGUUGAGCGUGCUACACAGUGUUUUUCAGAGGUGAAUUUAUUGGGGAAAAGCAACUUCUCAGCCAUCUACAAGGGAUUCCUCAGAGAUGGUUCUUCUGUUGCUAUAAAAUGCAUUGCCAAGACAAGCUGCAAAUCUGAUGAAGCUGAGUUUUUGAAGGGGUUAAAAAUUUUGACCUCAUUGAAACAUGAAAAUGUAGUGAGGUUAAGAGGUUUUUGCUGUUCCAAAGGCCGAGGUGAAUGUUAUCUCAUCUAUGAUUUUGUGUCAAAUGGAAACCUUUUGCAGUAUCUGGAUGUGAAGCAGGGAAGUGGCAAUGUUCUUGAAUGGUCCACCAGAAUCUCUAUAAUUAACAGCAUUGCCAAAGGUCAGUUUCUCUUUGUUCCUUGAAGUUACACUAUUCUUGAUUCUUUCUUUCCACUUUGGUAUAUUGAAAUGUGUUAUCCUUUACCAGGUAUU